GGCGCGUAGGUGCCCUCCAAGCCGUAAUUGGUGCCUUAUCAUUCUCUGAGCGGGGUAUUUUGGCUAGGGGCUGCUGCGAACGCCUCUUCUGUCGCCAUGGCCCGGCAUCGGAAUGUUCGAGGCUAUAACUACGACGAAGAUUUUGAAGAUGAUGAUGUCUAUGGCCAAUCAGUAGAAGAUGAUUAUUGCAUUUCCCCAUCAACAGCGGCUCAAUUUAUUUACUCCAGACGUGACAAAUCUGCUGUUGAACCAGGAGAAGAAUAUGAUUAUGGAGAUCAGAAAGACUCAUCCAGUUCCCUUUCAAACCAUCAAUUAAGUGCUGUCGAUCAAGCUCGUCUUUACUCAUGCCUUGAUUACAUGAGAGAGAUUCUUGGAGAAGCUGUGCCAGAUGAAAUGUUGGUUGAAGCAGUUCUCCAAAACAAAUUUGAUGUGCAGAAGGCCAUGGCUGUGCUUCUGGAGCCAGAUAAAAUACAGAACCUGAAGGUCAAGAGUGAGGGGGCAAGAUCUACAGGAAAGAUAGCAAAAGGAAAAUCAGUAGAUUCCCAGUCAUCUAGAAGUGAUUCAGAAAUUGUGCCAAAAGUUGCUAAAAUGACUGUCUCUGGAAAGAAGCAGACUAUGGGAUUUGAAGUGCCUGGACUUACUGCGGAGGAAAAUGGUCACAGUUUCCACACACCUCAAAAAGGACCUCACAGUGAAGAUACCAGCAUUGCUUCUUCUGAUGUCCUCGAGACUGUUUCUAAAUCGGUCCCUUCAGCCCACACCAUGCAGGCUUCCGAAGAGCAGAGUUCAACUCCCACACCCGUGAAAAGGUCUAGCAAACUGAAGCAGCAGAUAGAUGUGAAAGCAGAACUGGAGAGCCGGCAAGGGGGGAAGCAGCUCCUCAACUUAGUGGUCAUUGGUCAUGUUGAUGCUGGGAAAAGUACUCUGAUGGGCCAUAUGCUUUAUCUUCUGGGUAAUGUAAACAAAAGAACUAUGCAUAAGUAUGAACAAGAGUCUAAAAAGGCUGGCAAAGCUUCGUUUGCAUAUGCAUGGGUCUUGGAUGAGACUGGCGAAGAAAGGGAAAGGGGAGUUACCAUGGAUGUUGGUAUGAUGAAGUUUGAGACCAAAACCAAAAUGAUUACACUAAUGGAUGCUCCAGGACAUAAGGAUUUCAUUCCAAACAUGAUAACCGGAGCGGCUCAGGCAGAUGUGGCUGUGUUAGUUGUGGAUGCCAGCCGGGGAGAGUUCGAGGCCGGCUUUGAGACUGGAGGACAAACUCGAGAGCAUGGGCUCCUGGUCCGUUCUCUGGGAGUGACUCAACUUGCAGUCGCAAUCAAUAAAAUGGAUCAGGUUAAUUGGCAACAAGAAAGGUUUCAAGAGAUUACUGGAAAGCUUGGGCAUUUUCUAAAGCAAGCGGGUUUUAAGGAGAGUGAUGUAGCAUUUAUACCUACAAGUGGUCUGAGUGGUGAAAACCUCAUUAGGAGAUCUCAAUCAGGUGAACUCAUGCAAUGGUAUAAAGGACUGUGCCUGUUAGAACAAAUUGAUUCCUUCAAGCCUCCUCAACGAUCCAUUGACAAACCUUUUAGGUUGUGUGUCUCGGAUGUUUUCAAAGAUCAAGGAUCAGGAUUCUGCGUAACUGGCAAAAUUGAAGCUGGUUAUAUCCAGACUGGUGACCGGCUACUGGCAAUGCCUCCUAAUGAAACCUGUACGGCAAAAGGAAUCACUCUGCACGAUGAACCUGUCGAUUGGGCGGCAGCCGGAGACCAUGUUAGUCUUACGUUGGUUGGGAUGGAUAUCAUCAAAAUCAAUGUUGGCUGCGUGUUUUGUGGCCCCAAAGAUCCCAUUAAAGCUUGCACUCGCUUCCGAGCCCGAAUCCUCAUCUUUAAUAUUGAAAUUCCCAUCACUAAAGGAUUUCCUGUGCUGUUACACUACCAAACUGUCAGUGAGCCCGCCGUUAUUAAAAGAUUGAUCAGCGUCUUAAACAAAACCACGGGCGAAGUCACCAAGAAGAAGCCUAAGUUACUGACCAAGGGCCAGAAUGCAUUGGUGGAGCUACAGACACAAAGACCGAUUGCUCUGGAGCUGUACAAAGACUUUAAAGAACUGGGGCGGUUCAUGCUGCGUUACAGCGGGUCUACAAUAGCUGCUGGUGUCGUCACCGAGAUCAAAGAAUGAUGGGCCAGAAUUCCUGUCUGUUACCACAUGCAGUGACACGGCAAACCUCAACUUUUAAAAGGCUCCAGUGAUAACGUAGUGAAAGGAACAAGGUGCAGUUGAUAACUUUUAGAUGGGAGAAAAGUAAAGCGCCAUCCUCAGCUACAAGGAUGAAUUAAUGAUCACGCCGGCAAAAAAAAAAAAAAAUUUAAGUUGUCAACUGGCAAAGAAAGGCUAAUAUUGCACUAUCAUUUGAAAGGAAAACAAUUUUUUUCUUUUGAGAUUUUAGUGAAUGGAUCUCCCUUACUGCGAUUUAUGGAAACUGUCAGAAAAAAAUAUAUUAGAAGAUAUCAAAUUAUCAUGAAAUGAACUCUACUUUAGCAAAACCACAUGUUUACAAUUUUCUCUCUUGUUUUUCAAUUUUACUGUGUACUUUUUAAGGAAAAGUAACUAAAUUGUAUUGUUGAGGUAGUUAAUAUUUAACCUGUUUUGUGUGGAGCUUAGAAUGUGACAAAAAAGCUUUUGAAAUCUGGAUUGGGAAUUAAUGGAAGCUGUUUGUUGGGAACUGAGCUAUUUGCGAUUUAAAGCUUAUAAUAAAAUGCCUUAGCAGUUUGAGCAUAA